UAGUAUAUAUUUUCCUUGCUGUAUUAUCUGUUGCCACAAUAUGUGGAAACCUUCUUGUUAUAAUCUCCAUUAUUUACUUCAAAGAGCUCCACACUCCUACUAACUACCUCAUUCUCUCUCUGGGUGUGGCUGACCUGCUUGUUGGAGUUUUGGUUUUUCCUUUUAGCAUGGCAUUCACUGUAAGCUCAUGUAUGUACAAUAAACAUGUAUUGUGUAAAAUACGAGACAGCUUUGAUGUAUCACUGUGCACAUCUUCUAUUCUAAAUCUAUGUUGCAUUUCAAUGGACAGAUAUUAUGCUGUGUGUCAGCCUCUGACCUACCGAACUAAAAUCAAUGUCCACGUAACUGUGGUUAUGGUCAUUGUGAGUUGGGGGGUUUCUGUUCUAAUUGGAAUUGGCAUCAUAAUUGCAGGAUUCAGCCAAGGAGCAUGUGAAGGGAUGUGCUCAGUUGACGUUGUAAUGGCAAACACUAUUGGACCUGUUCUCUCAUUUUACCUCCCAGCGAUCAUAAUGCUCUGUAUCUACCUGAAGAUUUUCCUUGUUGCCAAGAAACAGCUGAACAGCAUCCAGAACACAACCCGUCAGUCCGGAGCAGCUGUCAGUAAGAAUGAGAGAAAGGCCACUAAAACUCUGGCUAUAUUAAUGGGAGUUUUUCUUCUAUGUUUGACUCCUUAUUUUCUCUGUAUUGUCUUUCAGCCUUUAUCUUAUAACCCCCCACCACUUCCUGUGAUAGAAACACUCAACUGGCUCACACUGUCAAAUUCAACGCUCAAUCCAUUCAUCUAUGCUUUCUUUUACAGCUGGUUCAGAUCAGCUUUCAAAACGAUAAUCUCAGGAAAAAUAUUUUGA